UAGACCUCUGAGGCUUUGGGAAUAAAUUUCCAAGCAUUUUGGGCAAUCAACGAGGCAUUAGGCAGGCUAGAAUGUCUCCAAACACGUCCAGUCCCAACAACAGCAGAUCCGCUAGGAUUCUGGUUCCCGGAUCGGCAAGCGGACGCCUCGUCUUCUCCGAUGUUCCGCUGAGCUUCAUGAUGGGCGUGGACGCCGAAAGCGGCGUUAUAGCCGAUACGCAUCAUCCCCUCCGAGGAACAGCUCUGGCUGGCAAGAUCCUCGCGAUACCAUGUGGUCGCGGAUCAUGCUCCGGAAGCGGAACCAUCUUGGAGCUCUUACUGGCCGGAGCGGCUCCGGCAGCACUAAUCUUCCAGAAGACGGAAGAGAUUCUCACUCUAGGCGUUUUGAUUGCAAAGGCUAUGUUUUCUAAAUCCAUCCCUGUUAUUCAAGUGGAGGAUGCCUUGUUGUUUGGUCGUUUGACGUCUGCAGAAUUCGCCACAAUCACGGACGAGCGCUUAAUUGUCACGGGCCCAGAUGAAUUCCAAUUGCCUCUAUCGUCACCAAGGACGGACAAAGUGGCGCUUUCACUGAGUGACCAGGAAAUCCUUCAGGGCACCCGCGGUCCUGCGACGAAAAUGGCUCUGGAAAUGAUUGUGUCCUAUGCAGCCCUCCAGGGCGCAGACGCUUUGGUCGACGUCUCCCAAGCCCACAUCGAUGCCUGCAUCUACGUCGGGAAAAGCAGCCUCCUUAUCCCGAAGCGAUUGCAUGAGCUCAACGGGAGAUUUGCAGUACCAGUGACGUGUAACUCAUUAAGCGUUGAUCGGCUGCGGUGGCGCGAGUUGGGGGCAGAUCCCGAGGUGUCUGCUGCUUCGUCUCAGAUUGGAGACUUAUAUCUCGCCAUGGGGGCGAAGGAGAGCUUUACAUGCGCACCAUACCUCCUCGAGAGCAAGCCUAACGCAGGAGCCCAGAUUGGAUGGUCCGAGUCCAAUGCAGUUGUAUUUGCCAACAGUGUCCUGGGCGCGAGAACGCAAAAGUAUCCCGAUUACGUCGACGUUUUCAUCGCAUUGACGGGAAGAGCGCCAUACGCAGGAUGUCACCGAGCUGAGGGCAGAAUUCCCCAAGUCUGCAUCGAUGUGCCCCCGCUCGACGGUUGGGAUGAGUCUGUCUUUCCCCUACUUGGGUACCAUAUCGGAGGAUUAAUUGGCUCCGAAAUCCCUCUCAUUUAUGGCUUGGAGUCGAGCAACCCGACAAUUGCGGAUCUGAAGGCAUUCGGCGCCGGGUUCGCGACAAGCUCAUCCGCGCCCAUGUUCCACAUCCGGGGCGUCACGCCCGAAGCCUCCACCACGGAAUUCCCGGAAUGUCAGGCAAACCGCGUUCAAGUGGACAUCCACGGCCUGCAAGACACAUGGAAUCAACUAAACUCGGCUAAAAACGGGACAGUCGACGUGGUUUCGUUGGGGAAUCCACACUUUGCCCUGGAAGAAUUUGCGCGGCUCACAUUUCUUUGUGGGAACCGUCGAAAACUGGAGAGCGUGGAAUUCAUUAUUACGACCAGCCAGCAGAUUUAUAAAGAGGCUCUCGCUCUUGGGUACUUGGACGCGUUGGAAAGCUUUGGGGCUCAAUUCAUCACCGAUACUUGUUGGUGUAUGAUACAGGACCCGGUCAUCCCACCGCACGCCCAGACAAUCAUGACCAAUUCCGCCAAGUACGCACAUUACGGGCCUGGGAUGGUCAAGAGGGGGUUUCAUUUUGGUGGCCUUGCUGCUUGCGUUGAGGCGGCGUGCGUAGGGGAGCGUACCACCCAGGAAUGUGCUGUUGCUUCAUAAGUCCGACGUCGGAGGACUAGAAGGUUUCUACUUUCCCCAGAGCGAUGAAUUUAUCCGUGACUCACUCUGUAGCAACGGCCUGCAAUGUAUUCGCCUAUCUAGCUUA